CAGCUAAUGUCACGCGCUAACACUUCGGUACCGCGCGUAUUCAUCAACUCUAGCACUACCAAAUCAGCUUUAGGCGCAUGAAAAGGAACCGCUUAGGUGCAACAAGGAAAAAUUGCCGGUCACUACAGGCGUGAAAUAGUUCAACGUCUAAUGCGUUUUGGUUCCGAGAAGCCCGACCGUCGGCGUGCGUCGCCACCACAAACGCAAUAAGUUCUCAGAUGGGCUUGUAGAGGUUGCAUCUAAGGAAGAAACGGGCGGAGUACAUUGAUACAACUGUCGGUACGCAGCCAUUUGUCGGCGGCACGUCGGUUAAUAUGACAGUUAGUAGAGUUAUUGGCGGCAACAUCAGUGAAGCAAUACUCGAAGCCGAACGCCGGUCGUACAUGUCAACGGCAUAUAAAGCUAUGCCUCCGUUCACUGUCAUCACAGUUUGCUUUGUAGCGUCGAACAGCGAGUGAGAACAAUGUCUUACUGUAUGCUAGUGCUCGGUGCAUUAUGUCUCCUUUCUGGCCAUCCACGUGGCGUACGGUGUCGAUCUCUGAAAGACGCGGUGCUGCCCGUCGGUGGCACGUUGAUUCGCUCUCAGGAAAAAGGAAACAGCACGCAGUUACCUCCUUAUCAAGAAAGAAAAGACGGGCAGCAAGGGAAACCUCGUCUCGCUACAACUGUUUCCAAGACCACACAUCAUCGAGACAUUCACGAUGCUUUUACAGCGAAUAAGAACGAGUGUACAAAUAAGAUCCCACGGUCGUCGGCAUUCUGUAAAAAGAACUAUGACUUCGGUAUUGAAGUCCACAUCAUUCGUAAGCACAGGUCGGCAGGCUACAAUGUCAAGGUCUCUCGCGUUUACAAAAACACUAUCCAGCACACAGACGGACAUAUCCCGGUCAGGGCCACACUCGACAUUGACUUCAGCGUUCCAACGUCGCCGGCAAUUCUAAACAAGCAACUACUCUCUCGUCACUGCCCGAUGCUGCGAGCGAACCACACGUACACGGUCUUCGGCUACGCAAAAGCUAGAGACGUCGAGUCUCGAAAAAUUUCGCUCACUCUCAACCUUGUACUCGAACUACCUCCCGACCAGUCAACUCGCCGGAAGAUUCACAAAAGGAUAAAGAAACUGACGUCACUGACAUGUGACGCAGCGGGAUCAACACUGGCGACAGCGACGGCGGCUCAACCAACUGAAGGGGAUUUUGACAAAAACAAGUCAUCAAACAUGCAGAAAAAACAUAAUUGAAUAGCCAAUAUAGAAAUAAAGUCUAGAGAGAGACCGAUGGACAUGCAUACGUAUAGAGAAUCAUAUGAGCUGCUCGAUGCACAGCUAGGCUAUCAUAUAUAUCAUACUCAUGUUAAUUUUAUAAUAGAUACUAGACGUUCGAACUCUAUAACUUCAGUUAUACGUUUAUCUUAACUAAUUAAGAUACAUUGAUAGUUAGAUGCAUAUGCAAAACACGUCAAGUUUGUUGCCAUUAAUUGAGGUUCGUUAUUAAUAGAAGUGUAUUUCUUUUUCUUUUUGCUUCGGA